AUGGGAGAGCACGAGAUAAGAAGAAAGUGCUUGUCUAGGAGAGGGAAGGAAGCCGGCAAGGAAGCAAUGAAGGCCAAAGGGCACAAGAUGGGGAAGGAGCAGGGCUGUGGGAAGGCGGCUUUGGUUGGAAGGUGGCUCGAGAAGCUGAAGGAGCUUGGGCUAAGUGGAGAGGAGAACAUAGCCUCAAGGAGAAGGGAUGACGAGGAGAGCAUGUCUGUUGGAAAGGAUAGGGGAGAGAUAGAUGAUAAAUGGGGAACGAAUGAGGAGAGAAAGGAAAAGAUCCGGCAAUUUGGAGGGAUAUCACAUUUAGAAUUCAAAGGACUGAGCUUAAACUUGCACCUCUAUCUUCCGAAAUCUCUUCAAAAGCUGUCGAAGAUAUUCCGUGUCUUGGAAACGAUUCAACGAUUUAAUGCUGCAAGAAACUUAACGACAAUCUUCAUAAAGUCUUUAAGAUGUAUAGAAAACCUUGUCAAGCAGAGAAUAGUGGUUGGAGAUAUUGAGAGAAUGUACUACAUAGCGCCGGAUCUUUUCAAAUUCAAAAAGAUAAGUAUUCACCACGAUGGGGAGGAAGUUGAUACCUUUGUUAUUUAUGUUAACGGGGAAACAAGAGAGUUCAAUGAAAAGCUUGAGAAGCAUGUCAAGAAAUGCCACCAGGAGUUUCUUGACAAAAAUGGAUAUACUUGCAGCGGAGGUAAAUUUCAUCCAGAAUUUAACUUCGAAGAGGUCCCUUUGCCUCGGAAGCCUUUAUUUCCCGAGGAGGUUAGGGAAGAGGCUGCAGAAAAGGAGACUUGUAUCCCAGCAAAAAGGAACGCAGCGGCUGUGGAGUCUGCAAGAAAGAGGGUGUCCACAAUACUGGAAAGAAUAAGAGAAAAAGAAAGGCUAAGGAGAGAGGAGUUUAUGAACAAGUCCAAGGAGGAGGAGGACAACUUGCUAUUGAGUAACAGAAUAAGGACAUUGUUUAUGUCUGAGAAUAGGCGUGCAAUUCCGGUCAACAGGGUUGUAGAAUUGUUGAAGAUAUUUGACGGGGCAAAUACAAUUAACAGAAUUAUAAAAUGGGAUUCUUCCCUGUUCUAUAUAAGGACCAUGAACGGAAUAGAGUACCUUGUUUCAAAGGGAUAG